CUUUUUUUUUUCCGCUGGCACUCCUGUCGUGGUUGUGCUGUGACAUGUGAUGUCACAUCCGGCACAGAGGUGCUCUUCCGGUUUUCUCAUCAGCAUCCAAACAUUAGCUCACUGAUUAGCUUUCAGUGUGUAAGACAAACUCUCCGGAAAGCCGCACCGCUACUGAACGGAAUCUAUGAGUCGCAAAAGAAACCGCAGUUUUGCGGAAACCAGGUUGUCUUCUGAGCUCCACGGCGCUUUCAUGGAUGUUCCCGCUUCGGCAGGUCGAGCUGACGAUGAUUUUCUGGAGCUGGAAAGCGACGAGGAGCUCCUGUGCUCGGUCAGCGACAUCACGGAGCACCUGAGCAGGAACAUAAGCGUGGUUCUGGAGACGGCGCUGUCCGAGAUCCGCAAGAUGGUCAGCAUCAGGAUCCGAGUCCUGAAGAUGGAGCUGCGCGAGAAAACCGAGGAGAUUGACGUGUUAAAGGCUAGGCUAGAAACAGUUCAGAAGGACCCUUUCCCCGGUUUAACAUCAGCGGAGCCGUCUGCAGAGUCCGGAUUCAAGAAACACGACUUCAGCUCCGGCUCCAAACACAACAACGCGGAUCCCCGCAGAGUCAAACCUGCCUUCCCCGCGGUGAAGAAAGAGAAUAUCGAUGCUAUAUGUGACUAUCUGAUGAAAGACAAGAACUCCAGAGGCUGUGCCGAAGCGGACGGAGACCAGAUGAGCCAUGCUAGCGGUGAGAAGGACGCUCCUCACGAGCCGGAGCCGCCUUCCCUCAGCCUCUGGUCGGACAGCGGGGUGGUGGGCUCCGGGCCUGCUCACGGAGACACCGAGGCCGCUGCAGAGGACAUCUUCAGUCUCAUCCCCUCAGGAAGCAAACGGAUGUGUGAGUACGAGUGGAUGACACCGAUGGAGUAUCCCUCAGACUUGAGAGCCAUUAAGGAGCCUGAAUGUGAAAACAGCCGGACCAGUGAGAUUGAGGAUGACGAGGAUGAAGAAGAGUCAUGCCAUGAUGGACUGGAGCAGACCCCAGCUCCGCUCUCAGGGGCCCAGCCUCCUGACUUCUCCAUGGAGUCCCAGAGUUCUCCAGGAGAGGAAGGAAGUCCCCUGAAGGGCAGCACAGACUCACCUGAGGCAGGUUCAUUCUCCAGCCACACCUUCAUCUGCUCGCUGUGUGGAACCUUCUGUCCUGACUCUAUGUUCCUAGAGGAACAUAUCAAGCUGAUACACCCAGACUCAGAUGCCCUCAAGGCCUUGCAGUCCACCUCUUCUGCUGCCCCCUCUGUGGGAGAGGGAAGUGGCCAGAAUGAGGGCCCUGUGGUGGGCAUUGGUCCAGGAGGGGUCCUUGUAAAAAAAGAGAUAAAGAUUGAAGGGGGGUAUCAAUGUGGGGACUGUGGCCGCCAUUUUAACUACCUUGGCAACCUGAGACAGCACCAACGCAUCCACACCGGGGAGAAGCCCUUCAUGUGUCCAGAGUGUGGGGAGAGGUUCCGCCACGCUGCCCGGUUAAAGAGCCACCGGCUGGUCCACAGCGGGGCCCAGAGCCCCUUCCCCUGUCCACAGUGUGGGAAGGGCUUCUCCGUCCUGUCUGGGCUCAAGAGACACCAGCGGGUUCAUACUGGUGAGAGCCCGUAUGCCUGUCCCCAGUGUGGACGGCGCUUCAAGGAGCUGGGGAACCUCUACACCCACCAGAGGAUCCACAGCGGGGCCACACCCUACUGCUGCCAGCAGUGUGGACGCAGCUUUCGCCAUCUGGGUACCUACAAGAGCCACCGCUGCACCCCGCCACCCUCCCAGUAUGCCACCAUAACUCCCAGAACGCCACCAUAACUCCCAGGACCGACUGUAAGGCCUGCCUCCUCAUCCUGAGACUGUGGGAAGUCCUGGUUAUGGAGAACAGGGCUGGAGAUGCUACAGAAGGUACCAGACAUUAAGAGGCCACCACCUCAUGGAACUUCAGAUUUCAUCCUGCACCUCACACAGUCUUCUCAGGGUCCACAGAGUCCUCAUUCUGGAGCUUCUGAUUAUACCUCAUCUGCAUCAGGUGGAUUUGGUCCAUGAUCAGUUGGUGCUGCAGGUUUUCUGUUCAGUCUGAACUUCAUACUCCACCAGGAUGUUCAUUCUUCAGUUUACAUUUAACUUUUCAUUUCAUUCUCUGAGAAUUAUCCUUCCUCUUCUACUGCAGUUCUCUUGAGGUUCCUGGAGAAAUCAUGUAAAAACAUAUUGCUCUCAAGCCAGCUGUGUGUAUGAGCCAUGAAGUCAUCCAGACCAGGGUCACCAAAUCCGAUCCUCGAGAGCUACCGUCCUGCUGAUUUUAGAUGUUUCCCUGCUUCAACACACCUGAUUGAAACGAAAUGGUUCUCCAACACCUUGUUGUCAUGUUCUGCACCAGCCUCUUAACGAGACAUUGGUUUGAGCCAGGUGUGCUGCAGCAGUAAACAUUUAAAACCUGCAGGAUAAUGACCCUCAAGGACUGGACUUAGUUACCCCUGAUCAACACCCCCCCCCCCCCCCCCCCCCCCCCCCCCCCAAAGGUGCUGAAAAGUGAAAGUUGAAAAGCACAAAGUUGAAGGGAUGAUUUUCUUUUUAAUCAGAGGUUAACUCAUCAGUUAUAGCACAGAUAAAACCAAUAACUACUUAUUUAAAGGCUGGUCUUAAAGCUCCAUUACUAAACUUUGUAAGAAUUUCUCAGUGACCCCCCCAUAACGACAACUAAUCCAGGAUCAUCUUCAUCCUGUCCUCUGAGAUCUAUCCAGACAGUAAAAUUCAGUUUUAUCUUGACAUUAUGUUCUUUUGGGUUUCUUGAUAAACUCGUCUGUAAUGUAUAGAAGUUCUUUCUCAGCCCAGGACGCUGUAGAGCAACAACAGCUCCAGGAUUGGACAUAAUAAACGUCACUGCCAUCAGAAUAAGUCAGAAACAUAUUUUUGUGGUUGGAGAGUUGCUCAGUGCUGCUUUAAAUACUGAGUCUGGGAUUUUUACUGCAACAUUUCGUUAAUGAGACAUGUCUGAGAACCAUCACAGUCAAGAUCAGUCAUCACUUUUAAAUUGAAACGGCUGUAUGUUAAUAUUUACCUGAACUUUGGUUUUAUUAGAGGACAGGACUCAGAAUGCAUCAUGUGGUGAGAAACAUCCUAUAAAUGCACGAAGCCAAGCACGAUUUCAGCAUGAGGGGCAGGGAUAUAGCUGCAUGAAGGGGGUCCUCAAGGACAAUAGGCUGGGAACCAGUGGAUUAGAGGGAGCGCAAUCAACACACAACAGACAGACAUGUUUGCAUCAGUGGUCAGGGUAGGUCCAGGUAGGGCCGGGCAAUUAAUCGAUAAAUCGAAUUUUCCUUUUCUGGAGAUUUAUUCUUAUGAAAAUCGGGAUUUUUUUUCCAUAGUUAGUUAGCAGCAGACUUCACCCUCCCUCCACACCAGAACGGUGUUUG